CUCUCUCCGCAGCCUUCCAGAUUUAUCCUGUACUCCUUCCUUUCCGUCUUGUUCGCGCUCUCAGGUCUCCACUCUCCGGCGCUACGGCGACGAUCUCCAUGGCUUCCCCUUCAAGCUGGGGACGCUCUCCGAUCGUCGCCGGUACCGGCGCCGCCGCUGCGGUGCAGGCUUCGCUCACUCUCCCCACCACCUCCUCCCCUCUCUCCGUUCUCCAGACGAAGAAGAUCAAGAGACUUCGGAUCCGCUCCUCCUAUGGCUGCCCUCCUGAGAAGAAUCCUCCCAACUCCGAGCCCUUGGUUUGGUUGGAGAAGGGAUCUAAGACUCUGCCCCUCUCGAUUCCGAGAUCUGGUGAUUUUGUGUCCGUGAUCAGGAAGCUGAGCUCCGAUUUAGGGAUUAAGUACUUCCGCAAGCGCCCUCUGUGGAAGAGGAUCUUCUUUGCUUCCAAGAAAGUUAGGAGUCUCAUCUUGCUUAACGUCCUCACCGUCAUCUAUGCCAGUGAUAUUCCAGUUCUGAAGGAGGUUGAGGAUGUUAUGGAUCCUGCGGUCUUCACUGCUGUGCGAUUUCUGCUAACUGCCAUUCCCUUCCUGCCGUUUAUUUUCCAAACACAUGGGGAUUGGAAGACUCGUUCAUGUGGACUAGAAUUAGGUAUUUGGGUAAGUCUGGGCUUCCUUUGUCAAUCCCUUGGACUACUCACCUCUGAUGCUGGGCACGCAUCUUUCAUUUCUGCAAUCACUGUAAUUGUUGUACCCAUGAUUGAUGGUUUGGCUGGAGCAAAAGUGCCUGCCAUUACCUGGUAUGGAGCUCUCUUAUCCCUGAUGGGCAUUGCUAUGCUGGAGCGUUGCGGUUCUUCAGUUUGUGUAGGUGACGCUCUGAAUCUCAUGAGUGCAAUUUUUUUUGGAAUCCAUACACUUCGUACUGAGCAUAUUUCACGAAGUACAAAUCAGGAUAAGUUCUUGGCUCUAUUGGGCUAUCAGGUAUCUGUUGUGGCAUUGUCAUCUGUGAUCUGGGUUUUCUUGAAAUCCAUCUUUGAUGAUAACCAAUUUGGCUUUGGAUCUUGGGCCUUGUUAAUGUCAUGGGACUGGGCAAUUUCCUUUCCCUGGAUACCGGCCAUAUAUACAGGCAUCUUCUCAACUGGGUUAUGCUUAUGGGCAGAGAUGGCUGCAAUGUGUGACGUGUCAGCAACUGAAACUGCAAUUAUUUAUGGGCUUGAGCCAGUGUGGGGUGGUGCUUUUGCAUGGUUUCUCCUUGGUGAAAGGUGGGGAACCAUUGAAUGGAUUGGCGCUGCUCUCGUGCUAUGUGGCAACCUGACAGUUCAGAUCCUGGGCUCUGCCCAAGAGAAAUCCAAGAAGGAUGAUGAAAGAAGUGACUACAAUCAUCUGCUAAGUGCCACAGACAAGCGAAAUGAUCUUGCCCUAUCAACCGUUGUAAUCAACACUAGCAAGAAUACCUCAAACUAGUUCAUUGGGUAACGCUGAUGCAUACUUGGCAACUACAUUUCAAUGGCAGCAGAAAAGCAUUCACAAAGCAACCUGGAGUGUUCAUCCUGAACUGACAACCAGAAGAGAAAUCAAGAAUACCAGAGGCUCUUGAUAAGUACAAGAAAUCAAGCAUAGUUAUAUACAACUCGUCUGAGCAGCAUAAUACAAUGCUACUACAACUGCUAGUGUUGGGCAGUGAAGUGAGAUCUCUCAAACGCAUUAAUCUAAUAUACCUUCAUGCCUGACAUACUUGCAAAUCAGAAUUGAACUUGAAAAGGAGAUUGGCAAGCCAAGAUGCCCAAUAAUAAUAAUAAUAAUAAUGAGAAGCAGGACCAGGAUUGAGCUCUCCUAGUGUACAUACAAAAUGUAUAUCAUAAGGUGGUUUUAUUUUGCCAAUCAAUUUUAUGUUAGUUCAAAAAUGAAUUAUAAGGGUUUCAUUCAAAAGUUCAGUAAGACUUAUUUGUAUAUAUGUAUAAAACUUUGUGUUGGUUGACCA